ACUCUUCGUUUCACGAAACCACUCUUCCCCCCUCCUCCCCUUCUUCUCCCCCGCGCCCCUUCCCACCCCCUCCCCCCCCUUUCCCCCUUCUCCCCACCACCAUCUCUUUUUAACAACCACCCCCUCAUUCGUGGCCCAUAUUCCUCAAGUUUCUUUCCUCGUUUCUAUCCUAUUGUUCCUUUCCUAG